AUGAGUCAACAACCGAACGACCGCAGGGAGACCAAGACCGAUCGCCAUGGGAUGAGGAGAGAACGAGACGUGCUGCUACUCUAUGGCGCAGCUUUUCGCAAUAUUCCACGCACCGACAAUGUGGAGAGCCAUGUACCUCGGCCAUCCUUGGACUCAACUCUGACAGCCUUGUGUCAACUUACCGCCAUUCGGAUGGGAGCGCAACGGUCCAUGAUAUCACUCCUUGACGAAGAACGCCAACACAUACUUGCGGAGGCAACCUGUGAUCUACCUCUGCAACCAGAUGCUUUGGGUGAUGCUUCAAAAAAUACCCUCUGGCUUGGGAACGUAAGCAUUCCGCGGAGUUGGGGUAUAUGCGAAAAGGUCUUGAAAUUGGGUCCAAACGUUGAACCUAUCCUGGUCAUCAGUGAUCUUACCACAGAUCAGCGUUCAUGCUUCCGAGAGGAUGUCCAAAGCAAUCCCGAUAUGCGCUUCUACGCCAGCGUCGCAUUGAAGUCCCCGAAUGGUGCGACAGUUGGAACGCUUUGCAUCUUCGACAACAAGAGCCGAGACGGUCUUUCCAAAGAGCAAGCCGAACUAUUUAAGGAUCUUGGUUCCACGGUUGUUAAUUAUUUGAACACAUACACGAUUAGAGACCAGUACAGACGAGGGGAGAGGUUCACACGCGGUCUUCUCUCUUUUGCUGAAGGCGCAUCUGCUUUGGUACCUUUCGAGAGAGAAGUCCGGCAAGAUUCGGCAUUACCUUCACAAACAUCAUCUGAUAUAUCUUCUACAACGGACAAGGAGAUAGUGUCUACAGACGACGCCGAAAAGGUGCACGAAGGUGUCGAGUUGAACGAGACUACUCCCGAUCAUCCCUUAUCAACGAUAUCAAAGACAGCUCGUGCUAAAUCCGCUCGGCACCGAUCAAUACGUUCGCUUCAGGACUCUAUCCUGCCCAAUGACUCAAAGUCCAUGUUUUCACGUGCUGCGAACGUAAUUAUGGGCUCGAGCGACCUGGACGGAGUGCUUAUACUCGACGCGAGCGUUGCGGCAAGCGGUGGACGUCGUCGUGUCAACAGCGCCUCAGGAAGUGGUACUGAGGCUCCUUCCGAAUCAUACCAAUCCAGGUCCUCCAGCGACGAUGCAAGCUCAAACAGUACUGAGGAACAUCAGCGCGGCUCUUCUUCAUCGAGUUCCAAGAUGUGUCAGCUGCUUGGUGUGGCCACCCCGUGCGACAAGGAGAAUCCCGAGUAUGGGACAUUGUUAGAGCCUGACCUUUCACGUUUGUUCCACGAAUACCCACAUGGCAAAAUUUUUACAUUCUGCGCCGAAGGUCAUUCUUUAUCCUCUACUGAGGAGUCGACAUCAAACCCUAACGAUACUGAAAAUCUGUCACCUGCCACAUCAUCGAAGCGCAAGACCAACGGCCGGCCACAGCGAGGAUCGACUGCUAUCCAAGCCAUGUUCCCUAAAGCACGCAGUGUCGCUUUUGUUCCCUUUUGGGAUUUCGAGAGGGCUCGAUGGUUCGCUGGUUGCCUGUGUUGGAGCAAUGAUGCGUAUCGAUUGCUGUCCGCUUCAGUGGAUUUGGCAUACUUCAAGAUCUUCAGUCAUUCCAUCAUGAGGGAAUUGUCUAGGUUAGAUGCUGUAGCUUUGAACCAGGCAAGUACUAUCUGA